AUGCUGGCAGUCUUCUUCAGUCGCUUUGAGGGUUCUCGCACAUUCGAUGUCGAUGGACCGUCCGUGACGACACUCAGAGUAAAAGCUCUACGAGAGACGCAGAAGGCGGUCGAGGAUCCAGAUCGUUGUAUCGGCCUGGGUAUGAUUGCGGCGAUCAUAGCAAGCAUAUUUGAAGCCUUCGUUCGUGGCGACAUGGCCAUUUGCAAAUUACACCUCGCUGGUCUUCGAGCAGUGAUAGCUCAUCGACAGCGCGUGCUCGGGACAUCAUCAUUGUAUGAUAACUUUCAGAUAUGCAUGCUGAUCACAUCGUAA